AUGACGCCGAAUACGAAAUGCACGGUUGAAUGUGCUAAUUGCAAAGCAGAGGGUAAGAUCUACUUGAUUACUGGGAAAGAUAAGAGGCUGCUGAUACCAAAGAAACUUCUUGACGAAGAGAGAAGAUACAGUCUUCCAGAAAGAGAGAGAAGAUAUAGUCUUCGAAAUACCGAAAAGAAACUGAAACUCAAGAAGCAUGGAAACGCAACUGACAAACAAAAACUAGUCUACGUUGUCCUUGGAAGUAUCUUCUGGAUAUCAAUCAUGCUUCUCACGAAUUAUAUCAGCCUACAGAAAAACAGACUUGCAUCACGAAAUUCGAGUUUUCUUCCUGCGCAAGAGCCCUUUACAAUUGUGGGGAUGUCGAAAGUGACAGCUACAGAAGGAAUGCGAUUCUAUCUGUAUGGAGUCGACAAAAAUGCUCACGACUCAGGAUUGCCCGCUCGAAAAAAUUGCCAAAAUGGCUGCCCGUGCAAAAAUUUCAUCUGCUCGAAGACUCAAUAUCCUUUAAAAACUAAUGUUGUAGUCGAGAAUUAUGCUUACGACUCUAUUUACCAUGUUCUUACAAACAGGUCAAACUUGUUUCUCCAGCUUGAAGUCCGCGAUAAAAGAUUGGUUGGAAAUGUUCUUGCGAAUUUCGAGUUCGAUUUCACAGCUGUGUAUUCGACGAUUUUCAUGGAAGGCAAAAGCUAUGUCUUCAUUUACCACGCAUAUGAUAGAUUUAACAACAAUUAUUUCAUAACACAGACUGGGAUAAGCAAACCAAUUGAAACGGAAAGGAUUGGCCUUUCAUUUCUUUAUUUGGUUGAUGAGAAGAGUCUUUCUUUGAAGCAUAGUUUCGGCAAAACUCCUGAUUUUCCACCCUAUGGAUUGAAUUUCAUUUUUGGCGUUGGUACGAUCGAUUCAACGGAAAAAAGCAGAAUAAUAUUUUGCGGAACUCGACUUGAUGAAGAUCGUUGUUUCUUUAUCGAAAGUGGCUUGAUAAGAAACUUUCGUUAUUCGAAGCCUCCUCCUCCAUCGAUCAAGUCGGACAUUUGGGUGGAAGAAAAUGACAGAGCAUUGAAAUUACCCGUCGAUAAUCAUUUCACAAUAUUCUACUUUCGCGAUAAAAACAUUCGAGUCGACUCACUAGAGCCUGGAAAAAACCCUUCCGUUUCACCUUGGCGAUCUGAAAAGUAUGCGGCUCCUCGUCCUCCUGGCGGUUUCAAGCUCUAUAAAAUGUACCUUGACGCAAUACCUGAUAAGACUUUGGCAUCAACUAUUUCUACGAGCAACAGUUUGUCACAAUCAAUCGUCUCUACCAGGGACACUGGAUCGAGCUUGACAGACUGGUACCAUAUCCGAUUUUCGGACACAAUCUUUUGUAUUUUCGACAGAGCUACAUGA